AUGCACGAAGAAUUCUCCACUAUCGCCAGUGAGCUUAGAAUUUGGACCUUCUACGAGACCAUCGACUCCCAGCUGUCAGGCUCCGGUUCUACCAGUCGUGGGCUCGCUAAGGAGGUCCGCUUUGGUGCCCCUAUCGCCUCCAUAAAGUCGUCAAUGGUUGGCGUAAGACAGGAACGCGUCUUCUCUUUGGACAGCGAGCAUGCCAACUGCGCUUCGUUUGGCAUGGGAAACACGGAGACUAUGAACACUUAUCUGCAAGAGCUUGCAGCGGCCGUGCAGAAGGCGAUAGAGCUGAGUUCCGAGUACAUCCACACUCCGUUGAAUCUGAAGAGGCAUGUGAAAGUUGAAAUUAUCGGAUUUUACGAAGACCCGGAUGCUGAGAUGGAGUCUGCGAUUCGGCUUUAUUUCACCAAACUCCAUCUCCAAGAGUUUUUAGAGAAAGGUCCUGAGCGAUGUCUCGAAGAACGCCUUAGGAGGACAGCACUUCGGCCGCGCUCUGAGCCGGAUCCAGCACAUCCAAGUAAAGAAGAUUCGCAGAAGAGCAGCAACGGGCUUGGGAUUCUCUCUGGUUUCCAAGAGCUGGGACAGAAGAUACGGAGGGGUCGAUCUGACUCCGGAAGCCGCCCUAAGACCUCGGAUUCAGAAAGUCAGGGUUCACCGGGAAUUUUCGUCACCCGUCCUUCCAUGGUCGAUGGGUCCAACUCCAUGCCCGAUGCAAAGUCUAAAGGUGCCAGCCCUCUCUCCGCCUGGAUUCAACCGCCCAUCGAGUCGUAG